AUGUCCCAGAACAAGGGCGGAAAAUCCGGUGGGGGUGCCGGCAAGGGAAAGAAGUCUGGCAAAGGCGGCGCUGCCGAGGAGAAGGGCGAGGAGACCCUUCAAGCUGUGAUCCUGGCAGACUCCUUCCAAAGCAGAUUUAUUCCAUUCAGCCUCGAGAAGCCACGAUGUCUUCUCCCGCUCGCAAACACGCCACUGAUCGAGUACACCCUCGAAUACCUGGCUAUGAACGGUGUGCAGGAGGUCUUUAUAUACUGCGGCGCAUUCACCGACCAAGUCGAAUCAUACAUCUCAGAGUCUCCCCGAUGGAGCCCUACAAGCAGGACAACUCCCUUCUCAUCUCUCGAGUUCAUCCGGGUUUCAGACGCUACCUCGGUCGGCGACUUCCUGCGCGACCUCGACAAGCGCGGUCUGAUUGCUGGCGACUUUGUUCUCGUGCACGGCGAUCUCGUCGCAACAGUCCCCCUGGACCAGAUAUUGGCCAAGCACAAGGCGCGCAAGGAGGCAAACAGGGAUGCCAUCAUGACCAUGGUCUUGCGCGAGGGCGGUACCGAGGAGCACAGGACCAAGAGCCACGCCAUCCAGCCUGUGUUCGUUGUUGAGGCAAACACGGGAAGGUGCCUGCAUUAUGAGGAGAUCAGUUCUGUCGACAGCGACCACUAUAUGAAGCUCGACCCGACGAUACUCGAGAGCGCGGUCAUCGAUGUCCGCAGCGACCUGAUCGAUUGCGGCAUUGAUAUCUGUACGCCAGAUGUGCUCGCCCUCUGGUCCGAGAGCUUCGAUUUCGAGCUGCCGAGGAAAAAUUUCCUGCAUAACAUCUUGAAGGACUAUGAGCUGAACGGCAAGAUGAUCCACGCCGAUAUCGUCGACGAAGGCUACGCUGCUCGCGCCAGCAGUCUGCAGAUGUACGAGGCGAUCAGCAGGGACGUCAUGGGUCGAUGGGCCUAUCCACUGGUCCCGGACUCAAACCUGGUCUCGGGACAUUCAUACCGGAUGGUCAGGAGGGGCGUCUACCUGGAGAAAGGUGUGGUGCUGCAGGCGAAUGCCGAUAUUCAAUCUUCCAUGGUUGGCCUGAGGACAAAUGUGGGAAGCGGCAGCAAAGUCUUGAACAGCGUCAUUGGCAGGCGGUGCCAUAUUGGCAGCAAUGUCACUAUCAAAGACAGCUUCAUCUGGGAUGACGUGACCAUCGAGGAUAACAGCACAGUCUGCCACUCCAUAGUAGCUAACUCCGCUACGAUAGGCACCGGCUGCAACGUCCCCGAAGGAUCUCUGAUCUCGUUUGGCGUUCACGUUGGCAACGGCAUAUCACUACAGGCACCCGCCAAGCUCUCCCUCUACACCUCCGACCUCAGCCCUGCCAAUGACGACACCUCUCUUCUUGGUCCCGAGGGCAAAGGCUGCGCGUAUGUCGACUCUGACGAUGAGGACGAGGACGAGCGGGACCCCGAGCACCUCCAAAAGUCAUUCAUCUACUCCCUCGAGGGUCUCGACCUCUCACAGUCGUCCAUAUCGACCUUCAACUCGGCCGUGUCUGACGACGAGGAUGGCGACGAGGUCAACUCGCAGGUCAACAGCCUGCUCAACGCCGACGCCAACUCGCGCUCGCGGCUCUCCUCGUUUGCCUCGGACGACUCGGCCGCCGCCAAGGCCGCCGCGUCGGCGAGCAACUUCCACAACGAGGCCGUGCACAGCCUGCUCGACGCCCUGCGCGACGACGUGGGCGACUUCGACUCGGCCAAGCUCGAGUUCAUGGGCCUGCGCCUGGCCAACGACGCCUCCAACGCCGUGAUGCGCCGCGCCAUCGCCGCGGCCUUUGCGCGCCGCGCCGCCGAGCUGCUCGAGCCCGAGCACGGCGGGCUCGAGCCGACCAAGGCCGCCGACCGCGCCAUCCGCGGCAAGAAGGGCGCCGCCAAGUUCCUCGGCGAGGUGGGCGUCGGCGGCGGCGUCGCGGACCAGGUCGAGAUGGCGCUCGCGCUGCAGCGCGCGCUGGCGGGGCUCGCGGCCGGCGGCGGCGGCGGCAGCAGCAGCAGCAGCAGCGGCAGGGCGAAUCACCCCCUCCCCGCCGCGAGGGCGGGCGCGCUGCUCUCGGCCAUGCUGCAGCAGCUGUACAGCCUCGACGUGCUCGAGGAGGAGGGCAUCCUGGGCUGGUGGGCCGACGCGCGGGCGGUCGAGGGCGAGGGCAUGGAGGUCGUGAGGGGCAGGUGUAAGGUCCUUGUCGAGUACCUCGAGGCCGAGGGCGAUAGCGACGAUGAUGAUGACGACGAUGACGACGACGAGGAGGAGGAGGAUAGUGAUUGA